AUCUUGCUUUCGUCCUAUAGUCACCACAAUGCAGCCUCUCGCUCUUCCAACAAUUGCAGUAAUGCUGCUCGCGACCGGUGCAUAUUCAAAGUGUCAGAUGGCCGGCUUCAACGAAUGCAACUGGUGGGGCAGCUCCCCAUUCUGCGGGUCCAGCAAAUCCGCCCCCGGCGACACCGACUCGGACGGCUGGCUCUUCGUCGCCUCGACAAGGACGAAGAAUUGGGAUGUGCUGUGCAGAGAGAUCUCCGAGUCGUGUUGUCGGGACUACGGAGACGGGUGCCUGAGCGGGUACAAGCGAUUGUGGUGUCAUGAUUCGGGUGUCAUGGAUUUUGGCAAAGGGAGUCUCGAGUCGGGCUUUUCGUCUUAUGUUUGA